GGCUUUUGUUUCUUUCUUGGAGUGUGGGUCAAAAUGCCGCGUUAAGUAAAUCAGAAUUGCUUUAUGGUUACAUGGCUUUUGAUGUACGUCGAUACGUCUGUUUGCACAUUCUUCAUCGUCACCGAAAAGAAAGUACGUCAAGGAGUUGUCGAUUAUUCAGUCUCAUGAGUCUCUUGACAGUCAAUUUCAUUUCAACUUUCUGCACUCAAUUUCAACUUUCUGUACUGUUUGGGAUUAAAUGACGUGCUCUCAGCCAAUGAGCGUGCUGAAAUUUUUGCAUGUUUAUUACAAACGAAAACGCAUUAGUGUGAACAGGGCCUUAAUUGGGAUGAGUCAAAACAUAACACUAACUUUUCAGUGCUUCUGCAUGCCAUUGUGCAUUGAACAUGGGAGUGUUGAAGUAAGCACAAAAGCGAACGAAGUUUGCGAUAGCAGCGGUACAUUUUUUUUUAAACAGUAACAUUAGCAAUUAUUUGAUUCGGCUUACGUAUGAUCUGAAGAAUUAUGCAGAUUGACUUCUUUCAUUAUGGUGCCCACGCCUAUAACCAACGUAGCUACCUGUAUCACACAGGUUACAUUGAGACUGGUACACUGCGCACUGUUGAUUAACCACUUGUGGUUUCGUCUCACAUUCGUGGAGGUCCUGGCCAAUUUUCUUACUCACAAAUACGGGUUGGACUUUGGUAUGGAGCUCAAGACUUUACAGAAUUCUUCCUAAGGACAUUGCUGAUUCCGUUUCUCCUUCAGGCUCAAGAUUAGCACUUCUGUAUGGAUUACCAGAAACCCAUAAGAAGAAGCUAGCCAUGCGACCUAUUUCAUCUGCAAAUUUAGAGUUCUUUAACUCCUUUUAAACUCGCAUUUUCUUUUUCCAUUCCUUGAUGAGGGCGUCAUGAUGUUACCGAAACGUCAGAACAUUCUCUCUUUACUACUACUACUAAUAAUAAUUUAUGAACUUAUUGUGCGCAGCUUAACAUGAGAAUGAUCAGCUGCGCAUUACAACUGUAUUACUUUACAAAAAAAAAAAGGUAAUGCAUUAUAAAAUAAAAAAUAAAAAGAAUAUAUGUGCACGCAAGUAAGAACUGAAUAUAAAAUUGCUCACCAAUAUGAAGUUUUAAAAAGAUAAGUCUUAAUAUGCGCCUUAAAACUGUUCACAUUAGUAAUCGCACGAAGUUCUUUUGGAAGAGAGUUCCAUAGCCUUGGCGCUGCUACCAUAAAAGCUCUCUGUUUCUCAAAAUCGUUAUUAAUAAGAAUUUUGAAUAUAAUUCAUACUUUAAAAUCAAGCUAAAACGUGCUUACCUCGAUCGAUGUUGAAUUUCCGUCUUCACUUUUUCCACAGCAUAUUUAGGAUAUGAAGAAAAUCAAAUGUUUAAUGUAGCAGAUCUUUUGUCAUCUGUCGAGCUGUAUUUUUGCUGUUCAUAGUAUGAAUAUAUAUCCAUAUAUCCAUAAACCAUCAAUACAUCAUAUGUAUUGAUGGUUUAUGCAAUAGAUUCCACGUAGUCGCUCUUCGUCUAUCGUAGUGCGGCUUUUUCUUCGCAAAAAGUGUGAAAUUUCCCGCCAUUUUCUCCAGCUCUACCAAAACAACUUAUCAAACGCGACCUCAACGCAACCUCUCCCUAGGGCUUCUCGGUUGCCCUGCCUUUUUCUGUCAACACCCUGCACUACUGACGUCAGUUUACUGGAUAUGGCAAACGUUUAACCUUAAAUUGCAUUCUUUCUAGUCCCUUCAGAAAUACAGGCACGAGGAGAAAGUGCCGAGCGUGCUUAUCAAAGCGCUCUUAGAGAUGGAGCUGUUAAUGUUUACCGUAGUCGAGUAUUGCUGAUUGGUCAGGAUCGAGCAGGGAAAACGAGUUUGAAGAAAUCUUUGAUUGGUCUUCCGUUUAAUCCAAUCGAAGAAAGUACUGAGGGAAUCGAAGUUGAUCCUUCAGUAUUUCAAGUGGAUAUCGAUGAAGUUAAGAAUUGGCAACCCAUUGAUGAGAGUAAUCAAGGGCUGUUGGGAUGUUCUAAAGACGUGGCAAAGGUAGUAGUGGAAAAGCUGUAUAAUCCGGUUAGCCGUAAGUUUGUUCAGGAGAAGAACGAAGGUGAAGAAAAGCAUGCAAAUGACCUCCAAAAUGAUGACAGCAAGAAUGGGGAAGAGGUUGGUGAUACUGAUGGUGAAAAGAAAGGAGAUUCAUGUGUAAAGCAGGUUUGAAUCAACUGGUUAAAUACACAUCUUAAGUUCUAUCGGAACUUGGGACGCUUUCCAUUUGUCAGAAAUAACCGGCUAGACCAUUCCCGUUUUGCGUAGUAAUGAGAAUUUCACUUUUAAUCAAAAUUACCCCACCAUAUCUGUGAAAUUCUAAAUACUAUGCACGAAGGAAAAGGUUUUUCUGCAAAAACUCUUGGGAAAAGGCUAUUUCAUUGUCAAAAUGACUUUUCCAGCCAUGGUCCGACCGGCCAGUUCUGGCCUUUGGAAAGCGCCCUUACAAGGCAGAUUAUAUAAUAAAUACAGUAUCUACACAACUUAGCUUCUUAGCGUGCGCGUAGACAUGUCCUAUCUCCUUUGUUUCACGCGGAAAAGUAAAUAGGAAACGUUUACGUGCAGGCUUCUUCUGCGUAGCUCAAAAGUUGUCUUUUAUAAUACAAGAAAUGCCAUGAAUUACAGAUCUCAUUUUCUAGAACCAAUUUUAGGAAAUUUACCAUAGCAUAUCAAGACCCAAAGUUUUGGAUACUCUCCCUACUGAACUCAAAGAAUCUGUCGUAAAUUAGUUCCAUAUUGCGUUGAUUAAUAAUUUCUUGUGUAGCGUAGUUUUUUUGUCUUUUCCUGCUGAAUUUUUAGACUACUUACUAGAAUGUUUAUUUUUCUUAGAACUAUAAAUUUUACUCUAAAUUGAUUUGGUAUUGUUUAUUUAUAAUUAUACUUCUUAACCUCAUUUCUUAUUCUUAGCUUAGUCUUGUCAUCUAUGUAUACUUUUUAACUUUGAAUUUGUUUGUUAAUGGGUUACACUUCUUGUCAGUCUCGAAGACAAAUUUCCUAACUAAUGGGGCUUUGCGCGGGAACUUUAUUAAUAACUCCUCGCUUCAGGCCAACAGCGUGCACUUAAUCAAAGACGUUCACUAGAAUUCCCCUGUAGAAAAAAAUUAAAAACAAUAGCAACAACAUUUUCGGCGGGGAGCGUUAUUCAGGGAUAGUAUUACCCACAGCGAAAUUCUGGUCUAGCUAUUUUACGGGCUGUUGCAAUGCAGAAAAGAAGAGAAAAAUCAUUUUGACUUGCGUUUGUCUUUGCAAUCUAUAUUUAGAACUCGUGAAUUCAAAGCUGAGGCCUCCAUGUUUGAGCUAAUUAAGCAUUUCUUAUUCUCUGCUUAUGGCUGGUAACAAUUAAUUUCUUUGUCCACACACUUUUGCAGUCAUCUGGGCCUGAUCAUGAGUUGACGAUUGAUACUACUUCAUCUCCAGACGAUAUCAGGGAGCAUGCUGUUGAGUUAAUAAUAAAAAGUAAGAAAGGUGAAGGUGCUAAAGAGGAAUCUGCUCUCAGUAUUGAACUGUGGGAUUUUGCUGGACAGGACCUGUAUUAUGCAUCUCAUCCUCUAUUUUUAACAUCACGUGCGAUAUAUGUUUUGGUGUGCAACCUCAGCAAGUCACUGCAUGCACAGGCGGCCCAAGCUCUUUACAUGAACGCGGACGUGACUCUUGCUUGCGAGCGCUAUUUUGGUGUUCCACUGCUAAAAGAAAGACAGUGGAACACCAAAAUAGCGCUAACUCGCCGAAAAGCGAAGUUUUGCCGGACUCUGCGCCCGUUGGUUGUUUCUUAUGUUGUUCCGUUAUUCCAUUCAGCUAAAAUAACUGUUUGUAUUGUAAAAAAGAGUCUUUUAAGAUAAACCGAAAACAUCCCAUACAAACCCUUGUAAAUAACCGUUUGUAACACAACACCACUCGCAAGCAAGAGUCACGUCCGCGUUCAUGUAAUGAGCUUGGGCCACCUGUGCUGCAUGACAUUGCCCAACCCUGUGUGAAACAAGGAAAACACGAUGUUUUCCUUGACAACCCAAAUGGCGAAACAAACUUGGAGAAUCUGCUAUCUUGGCUUUCCACAGUGCAUAGUAUCACACAAAUGAGAGGAGAAACCUGUAACGAUGCAGAAGGAGAGCUGCCUCAUCUUCGCCCCCCUGUGAUCAUUGUAGGCACACAUGCAGACAAACCAUUUGAAGACAUUGCAACGAUGAAAUUAGAAAUACAGAGGGCAAUUGCUGGUAAGGACUAUGAAGGACAUGUGGUGCGGCACAUCUUCAGCAUUGAUAACACUGCAAACGUUCCUCAAAGCAAGUUUAAAAAAUUUUUCAAGCGUGGCCGGGCAGGUAAUUUAUAACUGAAUUUCCUAUUAAUCGUGCAGUUUUUUUUGGCCUAACACUUGAAAUGGUCUUAUUAUUCCUGUCGAAGCUUAGAAAUAACAGUCUUAACUUAUCAGCAAUGCCAAUAUUCUGGUUUUUUGAAGGGCAAGACAAAAGCGUUGACAAAAUUGAAGCUCUGCGGGCCGAAAUCAUGGAAGUGUUAAAACAUGAGCCCUUCAUGGGAGAGAGGAUACCUGUAAGGUAAAUAAUUUUCAUAUCACAAGAUGAUACUACUUUUUAGCAUUUUAAGCUCAGAAAUUGUGAAGACAUUGAAAUAUCAGCGCCUAUUUCAAGGCCUUGGUUUCAGAUCAAGGGUAUGGCUUCUGACUAGUUAUCUCAACUGGUUGGGUAUCAGGAUUCAGCCGAUGGUUGAGCUUGGAUGCGAUUCCUGGUUAGACCACAUUAGGGUCUCAAUGUAACUAAGGAUUAUGUGCUGCAUUUGUUUCACACCUGUGAAUGGCUAGAUCCUUCUAGGUUGAAGACGAAAAACCGUAGGCUCAAUGUCACCGUAAUGUUACCUGUGUCUUACUUAGGUGUGUGCGUGCCGCGAAAAGACCGAACAGCUAGGGAAGUGACAGAUUUCAGGCGGUGAGCACAAGCAGUGUGCUGUCUGGGUAAUAGGUAGCUAAUCUGCAGCAAAAAAUAACGGCUGCCUAUAAACGAAUGUAUAUGCUAAAAUUCCGUUGUGAUUCUUAGAUGAAAUAACGAGGGGAAUUAACAAUUGAACUUUGUUGUACUAUUCUCGCUAACCUUCGUCUAAAAAAGUGAAACUUUACACCAUAAAAUUACUUCAUCGGUCUAAAUAGUGGUCCUAAAGACAAAGUAGACUACUGGCAUGAAUAUGAUCGUUAAACAACACAAGUGCACGAUGUAAAUACAUUAUACUUACUCGCACACCACUAUGCAGAAAAUAAUUCCAAAACUAUUCCGUGAAAGUACUCAAGAAAUUGAGAUGCUGUAAAAGGUAAGAAGUAAACAACUUCCUCAAGCAUCAGGUCUUGUGUAAUAUCCCAGUCUUUAGUUAUACUUCAUCAAAACGUUCUGUGCAGUUUAAAAUUUACCAUUUUGGAGCUGCCGUAUUCGUGUUUCUUUUAAGUAAUAUGGAACCAAUAUGAUGAAUUGUCUGGAAUUUAUUGUUGAGUAUCUAUUUAAUUCUUUGACUCUUUCUUUUAACGGAUACAAAAACAAUUCUCCUAAUAUUCGAAAUGUUCAAAAUCGAAGUGUAAUCGAUUUUUUCACAUGAGUAACUGCAAUUGUAGAAGUCCGGAAAAUGUUGAGAUAAAAUCUCAAAAAAUGAAUUGGAAAUGUUGGCUGAAAUCUGUAAAGGGAUGGUCGACGAUCUUUCGCUCUCAAUCCAUACUUUGACUAUCGGUCAUAAUUUGGGAAAUCAUUUGAUUAAUUUGUUAACAAAAAUUUACGACAUAGCUUUUCAGUGAGUAAAUAUAUGUUAUUUGCCUGCCGGGAGGUCCGUAUAGGAGAAAACUGUACCCGAAGUCUUUACUACUGAGGGCACAGUUUUUCUUAUACGAACCGACCUAGCCGGCAAAUGACGUAUUUAUUUUUUCCUACUAACAAAAUUUUCAUGAACAUUUUACUUCAGCGUACACAAUUUAUGUUACGCACGUGUGUCGAUGUGGCGCGCGAUCAAAUGCAAAACCAAAACUAAACUUUACAACAUUUUAAACUUGUAAUUAUUGUCACAUUUAAGGUUUCUUUAGUACUAAGAUUGGUUUCUGUCUUGGUAGACAUAUGAUCUGUUUUUGUGUCAAACAAGACGCUUUAAAAAAGUGUGCAUUUGGGCGGAGUGUACAUCAAAGAACGAAAAACUUGACAAUAAACAAAACAGAAUGUCAGGUCAAACACAAGAUUAACAAGUGAUGCAACAGUCACACAACAAAGUUUUCACUGCAGUAGCCAAUUAAACAAAAUUUUUAGUCAUUCAACGAGAAGAUUUGUUGAGUCCAGGCACGAGAGCUUUCCUCGUAGAAAAGUGAGCAACAAUUCGGAAAUUGGAAUAGAAUAGCUUCGUACAUUUCAUUGUCACCGAAGAAAAUGUUAUAGAGCUUACAAAACAACAGUAGAAGGGAAACAAGCAAGUAAGCUUGAGUUGCGACUUGCAGUUUUCAUAGGAGCUAUUUUGUCUGACUGUUUAAGCUUUUUCAAGCCGGCCAUUUCACUCAUGACAAAUUCACUCACUGUCUCCCGCCAGUUGUAUAUUCGAAACAAGAAGGGAAGACUUCUUGUAAUUACUGUGUUACCUCAUAUCCUUAGCUUAUCCACGUUAUAGAUUCUACUAACAGUUCUCGAAAGGCGACGAUGUUUUCUUUCAUGCUGUUAUUUCGAGAUGUGUAGCGGCAUAUCCAGUCAUUUUAGCACUUUGGAAACAUAUAAUAUAGAAAGCUUUGAGAAUGACAAAUAGCUCAGUAUGUGGUAGAAUAAACACAAUACCACAUGGUAAGUGCUUUGUACGGUAUUUACGCACUCGUUGUUUUUGUAACAGAAAUCUCAGUCGUUCGCUGAGCUCAUUCGUUCGAUUGAUACGUCAACAACUCGUGCGUUAAUACCGUACACGCGCACUUUCCAUGUAGUAUUUCAGUUAUUUGGUGAUGUUCACCCUUUUGGUUUCGAAUAUGUGUCUGAAGCUGUACAUCUGGUGAGGUGCACUACCCCACAGCACGACUACUUGUAAUAUAUAAAUUUAACCAAGGCUAAAGGCGAAGCUGCCGUUAAUAAAUUUGUAAUCUACUUCAAACAGUAAAUUUGUAACCACUGGAAAGAAAUCCUCUUGGAGUUGAACCUGCGAUCAGUUAAAAACAAGUAACUUGUCAGAGAAGAUAUUAAAAAACACGUUACCUAGAGGGGUCGACACCUGAUAUAGCAGAUCGCCCGCGAUACAGACAUGUGAUACUAGUCAGCGGAUGCGCUGUUUUGACAGCUGUCAAUUGACCACAAUAUGAAUGUGCAAUAUCAGGUUGCAGGCCUCCACACCAGCUAGAAAGUGUGAGAUUUCACUCUGGUUUCCUUAUAGUGUGGACGGGCGGACGUACAUUCACGUAACUACCAAAAUUUCUCGUGUGGAUAGAAAACCACGUUUUCUUAGCUAUGGUGCUCCGCUCGCGUGGGAGCUUGGAGCUCCGCUAUUAAAGUUAUGCUGAUACAUUUAUUUUUACUUUUAUAAACCAGGUGGCUCAAUUUUGAGAAGAUCAUCAGUGCUUUGCUAUCUAAGGACGUUUAUCAUUUGAAUAUAAAGGACCUUCAAGCCUAUGCCAAGGAUAUCUGCUUCAUUGAUGACGAGGAAGAAUUUUCCACCAUGGUGAAUUUCUAUCACGACCUGGGAAUUAUUAUUGAGCAUUGCAGCACAGUCAUUCUCAGUGCCAAGUGGCUGAUAGACCUAUUGAGGCAGCUGAUCACUAUUCCACCCUACAGAAAAAUGGUAGGAAGAACAUUACGCACUUGUUUUUGAAGUGUUGCAAAGGCCUUUUCCUUCAUAUUGGUCUCCAAUUUUGUAAUCGCUCUUCAUUUUACUAUUUCUCAGGACCCCAAGGUUGCCAAACACUGGAAAGAAGUUGAAGAAAGCGGUGUCCUCAGCAUGAAGCUGAUUGAUCAUGUCUUUUGCAAAUUUCUUCUGAAGGGCGUUGUCAGGGGUGACAUUCUGGGUUUGAUGGAAAAAUUUGGUUUGAUUGCAAAGUUCGCACUUUCCAAAACUGAUGAAAAGUUUUUUGUACCUUCUCUUCUGAAAGUACCACCUGAUUCCAUUUGUGCCAUGGUACCUUCAAGCUCAGACCCCUGUCCUCUUUAUGCCUUCUUUAUCACUGGUUUUGUCCCCCAUGGUCUGUUCUCGCAGCUUGUUUCUCGACUUGUCCGUUGGUGUUCUGAGGCUGGUCCAACUCAGCCCCCUACCCUGUACCGAAAUGGAGCAUGGUUCGUCAUUGGGAGACAAACUGUCCAUGAUUUAGUUGUUUUCUGCAAGAAACAGUACAUAAAGUUUUUCGUCAAACAAAGAUCCCAAGAUCAGCAGGUCUCAGGGGAUAAAGGAAGUGAAGUGGCAAUUCAGGUGCGUGAGUUUGUGGAGGCAACACUACAAGCUUUGUCACGUGAUCUCCUCUAUCUACGUGGAAUGCAGUACCAGAUUUGCGUCGCCUGCCCAUAUUGUCAGCUAGAAAAGUGCAGUGAUCAUAAACAGCUAGCAUGCGCACAUGUUGACUGUCGUCAUCUCCUUGAGAUAAGACCAGGUGACCCACUGAUUUGCAAAAAGAAGCCUUCAAACAAAGUACUAACAGUUAAAGGCCUAGAAAAGUGGUUUUCACAGAUGACAAGCGAGGUAUUAAUAAUACAAAUCUGUCCUGUCAGCAUUGAAUUAAACUUAAAAGUAGCUUAACCUAGAAGGAUGAUUAUAUUUCGAAGGUUAAAGACAAUCUUUGCAUGUAUGAACAUUAUCAGUUUAUGGGAAGAUGUCUAAUGUAGUGCGACUUCUCCUGUAACAGAGCUCUUUGAAGCGGGAGAGAAGUGGAAAACAGGGAAUUAAGACAGUACUUGUAGAUGCAGUCAAUUUGCCAAAAAUUGAUACUUCACUUUGCUAUGAUAAAGGGCUAGCGUUGAAGAUUAGCCUCCUUUAAAUCUUGUUCUAGUUGUUGGCUUUAUCAACGCGGCAUACUUAAAGGGGCUAUGUCAGCUGGAGAGCAUGCGCUCUGAGAUUAUGCAAAUUACUUUCAACUGUCAAAAUUCUAUUGUUUUUAACGCGUGACUUUCUCCAUCUUCUCUGUCACGUCCAAGGCUCCGAAUUUAGAGAGGUUAACAAGCGAAAUGGGUUUAGAUAAGGGAUAUUUCGAUAGAAUUCACGGAACGUUUUUUCUCUGGUUAUGCUAGAUCAAGAAUAAAAUUGUGACGACAAUUUUACUUGUAGUUUUGAAGUAAAAACGCAUGCCAUUUAUAAAAUAGAGCGCAAACAAAAAUUCAACAACAACAUAUUGUCUUAUUCAACAAAAUAAAUCGAACAGGCUGAUCGAAGUUGUAUUUUACAAACGAACUACAAAAGACGCUAGACCGAAGAUAAAGACCAAGACUGUUUCAAAUCAUUAACAAUUAGACUUGUCUGUCGCUAGUGAUUUUAUAAUUUAGAUGCUGAUAGAACAAGAGACAUCAAGUCUUUGUUUUGAUCUUAGGGAAACAUACAUUAUCGCGCAAAAUUGUUCGAUCGUGCCGAAUCACUGCGACGUCGAGAAAAACAGAACCAAGCAUCAUUGGUAUACUACUCCACUAUAAGCAGUCCGUUGAUAAAAAGGGAAAGUAAACUCUGCUAUUUUCCAAAAAUAUGCUCGAACACAAACAGUUCAAAAACAUGACAUUUACAGGAUCUAACUCGUACUAACAUGCCUCUCUAAGUCCGUUGAGAACAAUCUGGACGAGCAAACGGUCGUGUUUAUCUUUGCUGUGAAUCCAGAUAAAUACAAGAAGGAAUCUAGCCGAAUUUUAUAAUGUUUCCUUCGCCAGGAGUUUAGUUUCGUCACGAAACUCAUGGCCUGAUGCUCUUGUAAUCGUUUACAAAAAACGGCCGCCGCCAACUCGAUAGCCGCUUCAUUAUAUGUCCACAUACUUUGAGCACAAGAAAAAUCCAAGAGCCAGCAGCCUCUAAAAUAACUCAAUAGAAAGGUUCUGUGAACUAUAGGGAAGAUUCCAUCAAAGAUUCCAUCGCUCAUUGUGGAGUAGCCGUCAUUAACUCUGCCAUUACAACGGCCGCUGAUAAGAGGUCACAGUAAAUCCACGUAAAAACAUUCCACAGGCAAACAAUUUCAAAAUAACGCCAAAAAAUUAUUCUGUAAUCACCAUAGAACGAUUCUUAAUACAAAACUUCGCUAUCUAUCGAACGAUGGCUGAGAUUUAGACAGAUAAAAACAGCUUUCCAAAAUCUGCGACAGAACUUGAAAAAGUUGGGUCGUCUUUUUCAAGUUUGUUUUCAUUGGCUCGCGCAUGCGUGUGGGGUGACAUAGCCCCUUUAAUCUAUGCAUAACUUCGGCGUCAAAACCUUUCAUCACUGUUGCCAUGUAUUGCUAACAGCUUUCACAUGUAUGAGAGGCUACUCACAGUAGUUAUUGGCCAGCAGGUCUUGGAGUGGGUAUCACUUCUUUCGGACAUUAUCAUGUUUUGCAAUAAUUGGGCCAAAUUUUAAUGGUAGUAACCCUAUACUAGAUUUAAUGUGCUAUCUUAAAAUAUUGUAUCGUGGUUUCCUUUGCAGGAACUGUAUCCUCCAUCCCCGUCUGUUACUGCUCAAAGGUAUCUACAGGGUUCUAAUUUGAAAGUUACCCUCUUGGCAAAUGAAUGGGGGUCGUCUAAGGGUGGCUUGUCAACGAUAAACCGAACACUUGCCAUACAUUUGGCAAAACACGCAAAUGUCGAGGUCACUAUUCUUGUACCUGAAUUUGAGUGCGGUGAAGACGACAAGAGAGAUGCCAAGGGUCAUAACAUUGCCAUUAUGGAAGCACAGCGUCGCCCUGGCUUUAGUGAUCCUCUUGAUUGGUUGUGCUUUCCACCCAGAGACCGUGACAUUCAGGUCGUGAUUGGUCAUGGUGCAAAGCUUGGUAAACAAGCUCAAAUCAUCCAAGACUCUCACUGCUGCAAGUGGGUGCAGGUAGUGCACACCGAACCUGAAGAGCUAGCAAUGUAUAAGAACUAUCCUGGCGCAAUUACCAAGGGAGAAGGAAAGAACAGAGCUGAAGUUGAGCUGUGCCAACUUGCAGAUCUCGUUGUAACAGUUGGGCCCAAGUUGACAGAAGCAUUCUCGUCCUACUUGCGUUCAUCUCAUCAAGAUGUCUUCCAGCUGAUGCCAGGUACCUUUAAAGAGUUUUCAGAUGUUGAGCAUGCUACUACGCGAGCGAGUGCGAAGUUCAAAGUGUUAACCUUUGGCCGUGGUGAUUUUGAAGACUUCACUCUCAAAGGAUACGACAUUGCCGCUCAAGCAAUAGUUGAAUUGAAGGACAGUUCCUACCGUCUGAUCUUUGUUGGUGCACCCGAUGGAAAGCAGGAUGAAGUCGCGGAAAUCUUAUGCCAGACGGGCAUUUCAAGAAACCAGUUGUUUGUCAGAUCAUUCUUGAAAGACAAGCAAAGAUUGGAAGAGUUGUUUUGUGAAGUGGACGUUGCCAUCAUGCCCUCAAGAACUGAGGGUUUUGGCUUGACAGCACUGGAAGCCAUGUCGGCUGGUCUUCCCAUUCUGGUAAGUGGAAACUCCGGAUUUGGAGAAGCACUGCGUUGUCUUCCAAAGGGUAUGUCAUUUGUGAUUGAUUCGGAUGACCCCAAGGAAUGGGCAAAGGCAAUAGCAGCUAUCCGUCAAAAAUCUAGGGCACAGCGGCUUGAGGAAAUCCAAAGACUCCGAAGAAGUUAUGAAGAGAGAUUCAGUUGGGAGAGACAGUGCCAAUCCCUUGUUGACACGAUGUGGAAGAUGGUUUAUGGUAAGAAAUCAAAUUCUUACGAAAGUAAAGUAACGAUAAUUUAAAUGAGCAAUCUUAGGAUGAGGCUAAGUAUGAUGUGAUAAAUUUAGUGGAUCGUGGAGGAUGCUGGCCGAUGUGGAUAACACCCUACGAGAUCUGCAUAAUUUUGCACAUCAUUUGAAAUCCCAAUCCAAUUAUUGUUUUAUUAUCCAUUCAAAAUGACCCAAGUGGAAAAGGGAGAAAAUAAAGAGGGUUUCUUUCUCAAUAUAAAUCAAAUAAGGGAAGCCCAAGCAUAAAUGGAAACGGACGGGGGAACAUUUCCUUUUCUCGCCUCGGCCGUUAAGCUUCUUUUGCUUACGUUUAAAAAAAACAGACCUGUAACUUGACUGAAAUAGAACUUUGCCACCACGGUAGCAUUUUUCCUGCUUGGCUCCUCUUUUGCGCCAUCCACACUAUCUGAGCGCUUGAAGAGGCUAACGGACAUAUAG